AAAUAAAUAAAUAAACGAAUCCUGAUUUGUGCGCAUGCAUAUAAAUCUGUCAAUGACGUCAUAUGACGCACUAAAUUGGUGUGGUUGUCAAAUGACAUCAGAGAAAAAGUCCUUAUUCUUGACACCCGAUCCAACCGACAGACACUUCGUUGAAGCCCCUCACCGAGUAAAGUUCCAAGCCCCUUUUCACAUUGAAGAUAUUCGUCUGAACUCCUUGUAGUUUCUCACCGUAUCUUUGACGUAAAAGUAUCAUCAGGAUGUCGGACGCUGCAUUUGAAGUGGAGGUUAACACCCUUCUUCCAAGCAACAGUGCUCUCUAUCUGGUGGAAAAGUUCCUUGGAGAGGGAACUUUUGGAAAAGUAGCAAAAUGCAGGAAUUUGAAAACAAACCAGGAAGUUGCUGUUAAAAUCACAAAACCCUCACUUAGAGACUCAGGCUUUGAUGAAUUAGAUGCCCUGGCUGAAAUUACCAAGCUCGACGCAGACAAAUACGGCUUGGUCAAGUUCAUCGACCGGUUCGACUACAGACGCCACAUCUGCAUCGUCUAUGAGUUGUUGGACCAAAGCCUUUUUGACUUCAUGAAAGCUCGUAAACGCCGUCCCCUAUUAAUACAUGAAAUCAGAACCAUUGCAAGGCAGCUGUUAAUUUCCCUGAAAGGCCUGAAAGAAAUUAACAUUGCCCACCGUGACAUUAAACCAGACAACAUCAUGCUGGUGAACCAAGCUUCAGAGCCUUUCAGGGUCAAACUGAUUGACUUUGGCUUGGCUAUAAAUCCCAGUGACAUGGAAACUGGAACUUUGAUGCAGCACCUUCAAUAUAGGGCCCCUGAAGUCAUUCUGGGUCUGCCCUUAGAUGAACGUGUGGACAUGUGGACAGUUGGCUCCGUUCUCGCCUGGCUGUACACGGGAUUUCACAUCCAUCCAGUGGACUCGGAGUACACCGUCAUCAGAUCUUUGACGAUGAGACAAGGAAUGCCUGACCAGAAACUUUUAGACCAGGGCUGGUUCACCGACAGGUUUUUCACUCUGACUGAGGAUGAAUCCACACGUGUCUGGAAGCUGGACACAACUGAAGAGCAGAUGAAAAAAACAGGGCAAGAGGUCAUAUUCAAACGUAGCUACCUUUCCUAUGAUGACCUGGAACAUUUCUACCGAGAUAAGACAAAGAUGAGAGAGGUGGAACUGUUCAUCAAACUUCUGAGGCAGAUGCUAGAAAUAGACCCAAAUAAACGCAUCACUCCAGAGGAAGCUUUGAAACAUCCAUUCUUCACUUUGGAACAGCCCUCUGCUGACUCUGAGAAAAGCAAUUCUCAAGAGUCGACAUCCAAAGAGGUCCACCCACAACCUGAAAAGACAACUGUUCCUCAGGAACCAGCAGCUGCUCCCCAGAAAAAAUACAGGAUCGAAAUCAAGGAGGACGUCAUUCAACAAGAGGCUGCAAAAAGCAACUCUCCAGCUGGCUCACGAAAGAGAAAACGCUGUGAUGAACAAAGCCAGGAUCCUGAACUGAGUCCACAAACUGAGAGAGCAGUCAAAAAAUCCAGGAAUGAAAUCAAGGAGGACGUCCUCCAACCACAAGAGGCUGCAAAAAGCAACUCUCCAGCUGGCUCACGAAAGAGAAAACGCUGUGAUGAACAGAACCAGGACCACGACUACUGUUUCCAAAAGGAGGCAGCUGUUAAAAAAUCCAGGAUCGAGAGUAAAGAGGACGUCCUCCAACAACGAGAGGCUUCAAAAAGCAACUCUCCAGCUGGCUCACAAAAGAGAAAACGCUGUGAUGAACAGAGCCAGGAUCCUGAACUGAGUUCACAAACUGAGUCACGAGCUAAAAAGAGGAAAACAGAGAAUUUCUUCUUCCAGCUUCCGGAAAUUCCUUUCAAGAAGCCUGAUGUCGUCGUCCAAAAAAAGAAAAAAACAGUGACAGAUGACAGUGAAGGAUGCUCGUAUGUCACCACCCCACCCCCACUUACAUAUUGUAAAAUCCCUCCAAAACACCUUCAACGAUUCGGCCACUGACUGCCAGGUCUACACUCUGUGGAAACAACUAUCCCCUAAACGGGCUUCAAAAACAGGGGCAGUACGUCGGUCUGUUGGUCAACAUGGUUGGCUGACAGAACCGCGUCUGCGUGGGUUUUCUCCGAGCGCUUCGGUUCCCCCCACUUUUACAAAAUGUAUUAGUAAUGUAUUGUAGACCUAAACUGAAUUAUUCCGAUAUUGUUAUAAAGGUAAUGUAAUCAACAGAUAAAAAUAAAUAGUAUGAAGAUAUUAAUUAUAAAUUUAGGACAAAAAUGAUUUAAAUAGAUUCUUAAACGAUUAAAUAAAUAAAUUAAAAGUAAACAAAAAACAUCAGUCACCAAAUUUUUUAGGGAAAUAACUCAAACAAAUCCUGUGGUUUUCUCCGAGUACUUCGGUUUCCCCACAGUAAUUAUUAGUAAUUGGCUAGUGACUGAUUUAGUCCCCUCCCUGAAUUGCCACCUUAACGUGGUGGAGUGGUUUGCGUGUCCGAAUGAUCCCAGGAGCUGUGUAAUGCUUCUAGCAACACAGCUCCUGGGGGACGGGCCAGACUAAGGGCGAUUCAAACCAAAAACAUUUUAUUAUAGAGUACAAUUAUUCCUCCCAACAAGAGUCACCAGGGUCUCAACCUGGAGUCUGAACUGCAAGAAUGACUAGUUUGUAAUGGCUGUUACUUGUUCCAUGUUUUCUGUUGGCUUCAG